AUGGGGCUUUUAUUUUUAUUUUAUUCCCAUGAGUUCUUAUAUUGGCCAACUACUAUGGGUGGAUUGGAUAUUACAAAGAUGGAAACCCAAAUGAGUCCAAAGAGUCUCAUCGGUAUAAACAAUCCCCAAACAACUACACCUCUGCAAAUUUGUUAGUUUUUAGUUUGUUGGCCAAUCUUAUUCAUUUUCCCCCAAACCCACCCUCCUCGUACUCUUCUAACCCACCAUAACAAAAAAGAGGGAGAGGGAGAGGGAGAGCAAAGAAACCAUUUCAAGAAAACUUAAAAGAAGGGAGGGGUGGGGGGGAGACAUCAAGGCUUUGGAUACAGGGGCACUCGGUGGUGAGACAUACAUUCCAUGCUUUUCUCCCUCUCAGCAAUGGAAGACAGCCCAAGAAUUCAGAUGGAGAAGGCCAGCAAGAUCAUAAGAAGAUCAAUCUACACCUUCCUUCAAAACUAUCACUACCUCACGGCCACUGCUGCACUUCUUGCUUUUCCCUACUCCGCCUCAAUUCUCCUUUCGCAACUCUUUGUUCCCUCCUCUCCUCUCUUGCCGACUAUUCACAACCGUCUCAGGAUUCUUUUCCAGGCUGCUGGCUUCCCUCCUUCCUCAGAGUUCUUCACAGUUCUCAGUUUCAAGAUUUCCCAAACCAUCUCUUCCUCCAUCUUUGCGCUCCCUUUCACCCUCUCUUUCCUCCUCAUAGCCAAAGCCUCCAUAAUUCAGCUUCUCAACCACCAUAAACCAAACCUGCCGCCUUCCUUCUCUUCAGUUAUACCCCUUUACAAGCCUCUCCUGGCCACAUACAUAUGCAAUUUUCUUUUACUGCUCUCAGCAAAUGCGACAGCCUUCUCCCUCCUCUUCUUUGCCUUCAAUUUUCUCGAAGGGUUUGGAUUCACGUCUCCCAGCUGGCUCCUCUUCCUGUCAGCUGCAGGGGCUGUUCUUUAUUCCAUCAUUCUUGCCAAUGCCCUCAUAAUAUGCAACUUAGCGUUGGUUUCAUCAGGGAUGGAAAGAUCCGGUGGAUAUAUGGCAAUUCUCAAGGCUUGUGUUCUGAUAAGGGGAAGAACUUCAACUGCUUUAACAUUGGCAGUACCUGUCAAUCUGGUCCUGGCAGCUAUCGAAGCCCUGUUCCAUUACCGCGUUGUGAGAGCUUUUCAUACUGGAGAUGUGACCAGCUUUCCAAUGGCUUCAGAAGGGAUUUUAAUUGCUUUCUUGUACUCCACAUUUGUUGUUCUUGAUAGUGUUGUGAGUUGCAUGUUCUUCAAAAGCUGCAAGACGGGUUCUUUAGUAGACCAGGAAGGCAGACACUCUUACAGGAUUGAAAUUGCAGAGGAAGAUGGUAAUGCUUAUGUGAAGUUGAAGAAUAUUGAACAACUCCCAUAAAAGACAUAGAAAGAAACAACCAGGGAUCAUCAAAUUCUUUUCUUGAAUUUCACAGCGAGAGACCAAAGACUGCCCGUAUAAAUUCAUACAAGUAAUAUUUGUAUUCAAGAUUCAUUUCUGUUGCUUGAAGAGAAACCAGGCAACUUCUGAAACAUAAAGAUCUCUCCAUACAUGGGAUAAAGACUCAAGGAGCAGAAGAGGAAAAUUUUUUUACAGUGUAAUCAAUUUAUCUAUCACAUACCCCUAGUUUUGUGUUUUUUUUUUUGGUCAUCCCUUCUAAAAUUCUACUGUUCAUGUAUGUUCUGUAAACAAAAGUAUACCAGAAAAGAAGAAUGAAAAUUUCGUGUCAAAAUGUACCUAGCAUGCCAUGAUCAAGGAAGUAUAUAAUCUCAGAAAAGUUCAAUUAAGCUCU